AUGCCGUCCGAGUCUGGCUGUGCUGGCUGUACGGGGGGAGUUGAGGAAGAGUGCGAGGUGGACGACGACCGUGGCCUCCUCGGCGGCGGCCGCGAGAAGGCGGCGGAGGAGGUCGUCGAGGAGGACCCUUUCGACGCCGCGGCCGACGCCGCUCUCGCGGCUGCCAGGCCACGCGCGGGUGGCGGCUGCUGCAAGUGGCACUCACCACCUACAAGGCCGUCCCACGCGGCGCCCCGCGACUGUACCGACAGACGGCUGGAUCAGACGCUCGCCAUCGAUACCAGCAUGGAGCUAUUCCAGUAUGCCGAGCGCCAGGCCGCCGACCAGCUGUCGUCCGCCUCGGCUGUGGCCACCAAGUUGGCGCGCGCUCACGGCGCGCUCCUCGCGCGCAAGGCGUCCGGUGUAGCUACUACUACAGCGGACCCGGCGUGCGGCGUCGAGACGACUCCCGGCCCCGCUGGCGCUGAGGUUGCAGUCAAGGCGGAGGCGCAGCCCGCCAGCCUGCUGCCGCCUCCGAGAAUGCCGCGGAGAAUGAAGCCAUCGCAUCCCUCCAAGGGCGCGGCAUCGUCUAUCGGUGGCGCGCGUCCAGCAGCGAGGCUGACCGCAGCUCGAUUGGCCGCAGUCUCUGCCUUGCCGUCACGGGCUGCGAGCGACAUUGGCCCUAUCACGGCCAAGGCACUCGUCGAUGACAGCCGCGCCGAGCCGUCGCCGCCGCCGGGUUGUGGCGGGCGAAUUCUCUCUCGACAAAAGGAGCAGGAAGAUCUCAUGAUGGAGCGCAAGCUCGAAGCUUCACUCGAUCGGCUCGACGCGAAACUCGCACAGCGCCGGCUUCGCCGGAGAGAUGCGGAGGCUCCGAUCGGCCGUGGAGAAUCCCAACCCCAAUCUGCCGUGUAA